ACCCUUUUGUUUUAUGCAUACUUUGUCUUUUUUUCUUCUUAAUAUCUUCUUCCUGUUGAAGAAGAUAAUAUUGAUGAGUGAGACAGUUGCAAUUCCAGUUAAGUGGAAAAAUUGUAGUUGACUUUGAUUCUUAAAAUACUAAAUGGCCAGAGAUUUAUUUAACAUAUUAUAAAUAAAGGGUUUGCGUGCACCAUUAUACCAUCAUGCCAUAUAUAUAUGGAAGUAGGUAAAUGCCAAUUGUGUAUUGAUUUCAAAGUGAAGUUGUUGGAGCUGUAAGUUUGUAAGAUGAGCAAAUUUGGGUGGAAGGGUCCAUCUGGGUUCUCAGCCUCUUCCACUGCUGAAGAAGUCACCCAAGGAAUUGAUGGAUCUUCUCUCACUGCCAUUAUUACAGGGGCAUCAAGUGGAAUUGGAGCAGAGACAGCAAGAGUUCUUGCACUGAGAGGCGUCCAUGUAAUUAUGGCAGUUAGGAAUGUAAAAGCCGGUACAACCGUAAAAGAGGAAAUACUUGAAAAUAUCCCAACUGCUAAAAUUGAUGUCAUGGAAUUAGACCUGAGUGUAAUAUCAUCAGUCAGAAAUUUUGCAUCAGAAUAUAUUUCCUUGGGACUUCCCCUGAAUAUUCUCAUUAACAAUGCAGGCAUUUCGACCUCGAAACAAAUGCUGUCCAAGGAUAAUAUAGAAAUUAAUUUUGCAAUUAAUCAUCUAGGUCAUUUCCUUUUGACAAAUCUGUUACUGGAGACGAUGAAAAACACAGCAGGGGGAAGUAACAUACAAGGAAGGAUCAUCAUAGUAUCAUCAUUAGGUCACCUUUUUGCUAGAGAUAUUCCAUUUGAUGAACUCAAUAAGAUAUCAAGCCAUAACAGUAGCAUGGGUUAUCCAAGAUCAAAGUUGGCCAAUGUAUUGCAUGCUAAUGAACUUGCAAAACGCUUCAAGGAAGAAGGGGUUGACAUAACUGCUAAUUCUCUCCAUCCUGGACUUAUUUUUACUAAUAUUUUGCGCCACAAUGCUUUUCAUAGAGUCAUUUUUGGCUUGGCUAAUAAAUUUCUACUAAAAAAUGUCCAGCAGGGAGCAGCGACUUCAUGUUAUGUAGCUCUGAAUCCACAAGUAAAGGGUGUGAACGGCCAAUACUUUGUGGACUGUAACAUAGGAAAACCAAACUCUCUUGUUGAAGAUGAAGAAUUGGCUAAGAAAUUGUGGGAUUACAGCUUGAGCUUAAUCAACAAGAAUUAAGUUAUUAAUAUUGUGGUUUAUACCUAAUUACAUAUUGAUCUAUUUUGAUUAUAUAUAAGAAUUUGUUUGUUCCAUGUAAA